AUGACAUCCGAGUCAAGCUCCUUCGAGCUGAGGGAAAAGGAUGAACCAAGUCCACCCCAUACCGGAGACGCAUCAACUCUCGACGACUCUCCUAUGGCAUUAAUCGACCAAGUCGAUGUCGAGACCCUCACCAGAAUAGCCACUGCACGGUCACGCCGACAAUCGACCCUUGGGACCACAGAUAACCUCACAGUCCUCGCUCAACAAGAUCCAGCUCUCGACCCCCAAUCCGGAAAGUUCGAUUUGCAGAAAUGGCUCAAGGCGGCUUUCAACGAUAUCAACCGGGAGGGCCACUCGGAACACACAUCGGACGUCGUUUUCAAACACCUCAAUGUAUAUGGAUCGGGCGCUGCGCUGCAGUUCCAAGAUACAGUCACCUCGACCCUGACUGCCCCUUUUCGGUUGCCCCAGAUCAUUCGUGAAUCAAAGUCUCCUCAAAGGCGAAUUCUCAAGGAUUUUAAUGGUCUUCUGAAAAGUGGUGAGCUGUUGCUUGUGCUAGGUCGGCCAGGUGCUGGCUGUAGCACUCUUCUGAAGUCUAUGACUGGAGAGCUGCAUGGUUUGAAUUUGGAUAAGGACAGUGUCAUUCAUUACAACGGUAAGUUUCAAACUCCAGCACUCUAUAAUAGAGCUAACAGUGUCUAG